UCCAGCUGAGCCUCCAAGACCCGGGGCAACCUGACAUGUCCGUCACCUCACCGAGCCCUAUGCUUGGGUCGGGAGGUAAAACAACGAGUUCCUUGCUCCCCAUGAGGCGAUGCGCGGGGGAGUCUCUUGCUAAGUCCACGGAGCGAGUCCCAGUUCGAUCUAGGCUUACGGCUUCGGACACAGCAGGCAAAGCAGGCUGACUGGAGUCCAUCUAUGAUAUAACCGAUGCCCUCCUCCCCCCAUUUAAACCCCGGAGCGUUUGUUUAUCACGCAACUCCAUCCAUCGACAUCCCCGUGCCGUAGACCGUGUCAUUUGUUGUCUCAGAAACCCCGUCACGAUUUGAGAGCUAACACAUCACUCGACCCGCGGCUCAGACAAACUUUGCACAGCAUACAACAUGGGGGCGAAUUGAACACCCCCCCCCCCCGCUCCUCCGAGCGCCAUGUCCGCCGGACCGGUGGUCUCCGCCCCCGAAGAUCACGGACCCGACGACAACGACGACGACCCGACCAAACAUCAAGAAAGACCGUAAACCCGUCAAACCCCCGUCACCUCCUCCGUUUGACGCCACCGAGCCCGGCCGAGCCCACGAUGGCCGCCGAGCUACACCAAUAUGACUACAUCUUCGCCAUCACCGCCAUCUUCGCGUUCCUCGACGCGUGGAACAUUGGCGCCAAUGACGUCGCAAACUCCUUCGCGACUUCCGUCUCCUCCCGCUCCCUCACCAUGAAGCAGGCCAUGGCCGUCGCCGCCGUCGCCGAGUUCUCCGGAGCUGUCUCCGUCGGCUCCCGCGUCACCGACACCCUGCGUACCGCCAUCGUCGACCCGCACCUCUACGACGCCGAGCCCGCCGUCCUGCUCCUCGUCAUGACCUGCGCCGUCUUCGGCUCUUCCGUCUUCCUUACCCUCGCCACCGCCCACGGCCUGCCCGUCAGCACCACUCACUCCAUCGUGGGCGGCCUCGUCGGCGCCGCCACCGCCUCCGUCGGCAUCCGCAACGUCAGCUGGGGGUGGAAUGGGGUGUCGCAGGUCUUCGCCGCCUGGAUCGUCGCCCCGGGCCUUUCGGGCGCCCUGGGCGCCCUGCUAUUCCUGGGCACGAAGAGGUUCGUGCUGACGAGGACCAACGCCGUGAGGAACGCCUUCUUGACGAUCCCCUUCUACACGUUUCUCACCUUUGGCGCCCUGACGAUGCUCGUGGCGUGGAAGGGCGUCCAGACGCAGGUUGAGCCCACCACCACGCAGAUCCUCGUCGCCGUCUUCUCCGUCGCCGGCGGCGCCACCCUUCUCCAGGCCUUCUUCCUCUUGCCGUACCUCUGGCGCAAGAUCGUCGACGAGGACUGGCAGCUCGAGUGGACCAUGAUGUGGAGGGGCCCCUGGCUGCUCCGUCGCCCGCCGCCCCCACCCCCGCCGCCGGGUGUCCGCAGGGUUGCCAUCAAGGACUACUACCGCGGCCACCUCACCGCCGACGAGCUCGCCCACGUUCGCGCGUCCGAGAUCCUCCUUGAGUCGAUCCAGGGCAGCCUGACCUCGUCGGAUCUGUUCAAGGAGGACAGGCCCGACGUCUCAUUUGGUCUGACACCCGCACCGACACCGGCACCGGCACCGUCCCCAUCGGUCCUCGAAACCGAAGCCCCGAUGACGUCGGCCAUGUCCUCCUCCCGCCGUUCUUCCUCCUCCUCAGAGCUCAUCCCGCCCCGCCCUGCCGGGCCCUGGUCGAGUCUCCCCGUCCUCGGCUGGCGCGUCAACCGCGUCCUCCUCCGCGGCCUCGAGAAGGACGUCAUCACCCUCCAGCGGCGCAACGCUGUGCUCUCCUGGGACAUCGCCGACAUGCACGCCCGCGCGCCUCGCUACGACAACCGCGCCGAGUACAUGUACAGCGCCCUGCAGAUCCUCACCGCCUCGGCCGCCAGCUUCGUCCACGGCGCCAACGACGUCUCCAACAGCGUAGGCCCCUUCGUGACGGCCUACAACACCUGGCGCACGGGGCGCGUCGUGACGGACGGCAACGGCGACGGCGGCGUGCCCAUAUGGAUCCUCUGCUUCGGCGGCGCCGCCAUCGUGCUCGGCCUGUUCACGUACGGCUACCACGUCAUGCGGAACCUCGGGAACCGCCUGACGCUCAUCAGCCCGUCAAGGGGCUUCUGCAUGGAGCUCGCGAGCGCCGUCACCGUCACGAUGGCGACUAAAUUGGCGCUGCCCGUGUCGACGACGCAGUGCAUCGCCGGCGCCACCGUGGGCGUCGGGCUGGCCAACGGCGACUGGAAGUGCAUUAACCCGCGGCUCGUAGCGUGGAUCUACUUCGGGUGGUUCAUCACCGUCCCGGUGUCGGGGCUGCUUUCGGGGUCUAUGAUGGCGUUGAUACUCAACGCUCCCCAUUGGGAGAGUCAUGGGGCAUGAGCAGUAACUUACGAGUUCUGUAUAUGAUAACAUUGGUGC